AUGAACCGCAUGUUAAGACAGUAUUAUACAGAUUCAGAGACUGCACCUCUCACAGUAAAGAUAGUUGCAAAACUACAUCAUCAAAUCAAUACAGCAGUCGAGGUCUUAGAAGAUGUGAAGAAUACCCUUACACCUGGUUUGACAAGGCGGUUGAACAAGAUCUUCAAGAGUAGCAUGAUUCAGGUUGAACAAGAUCUUCAGAAGUAG